AUGACGAGCCUUUCUGACUUGAAGACUGAUGGUAUUGGAGGCCCGCUACAAGUUAGAAUACUGCGAAAAUGGAAACAUGAUGUCCGGCGAUACGAGACUUGGUAUCUUGCUGUCGAUAGAUUUGUAAGUAGUCACCAGAAAAGAUUACAACAAAAUCAGGCAGAUGCUAUACAAAUUCUUGGACAACGAACAAAUCAGAGUUACAUUGAGUCUGUCCUCCAUGUUUCACAGUGUUACACCAUAUCAGAUUAUAGUUGUCCUCAAUUAGAUAACUAUCAAAAAUUCCUUGAAAAUGAGUUCUACAUCGAUGUUGGCCUCAAGUCCAUCAUACAACCAAUUCGAGAGACAACAACAAUACCCAAAACCUGGUUUCGGUUCGUAUCAAAAUCACAUCUCAUAGACCUCGGAGAAAGACCACCAUACUAUCCAGGAGUAUUACGUUAUGGUUCAUCACAUGCUACACAUAUCUAUGUGAAUCCGGACAUACCAGAAACAACAGCACUCAUUAAUCUAUUUACAGGACCUUCAAGACCAGCACCACCACUAUCAGGAACACCAUCAACCGUAUAUGACAUGAAGAAAAAAAACAAAUCUGAUCUUCUGGAUAAAACAUUCAUCGUACAGGCUUCAAUCAAAGAAUUUCACUAUCAAAACAGUUGGUUCCAAACAAUAUGUCCAAUAUGUAAAGAUCACAUCUUCAAAAGAGGUGAAAGCUGGUACUGCAGUGCACAUGGACUAAUCGAAAAGCCCACUUACAUAUACAAAUUAACAGUAACCAUCACUGAUGCUACGGAUACGAUAUCAGCACUAAUAUCCGAGACAUCAUGUCGGAAACUGUUAAAGUCAUCACUUGAGAACUUUAUAUCCAAUAACCCACACAUAAACAGAAACACCCUACCUCCGAUCAUCACUGACCACAAGGAACAAACAAAAAAGAUGUCGAUCCAAAUGCUUAGAGCAUCAACCCUCAACAAUAUACGCUUCAUAAUAAUAGAUAUUGAAGAGGCAACAACCAGGGCUCAAACGUCUGUGCCAGGAACACCAGCUCAACCACAAAUGACAAGAAUGCGACCAACUGACACAACACCAGAGCCAUCAACACCUGUUGAACAUGUUGUGCAUACUCUCACCUACGAUCCCCAAGAAUCUGCACCAAGAAAAAAUGCAAAGCGGACACUCAAACAGCAGACAUCAUAG